GCGAGUCCAUGGCUUCUGGUUUUCGUCUAAAGGAAAAACAGGACUUGGAAAUUUGGUAUAAAGACUAUAAUUUCGAUGGGCAACAGAGAUUCUUGUUUUGAUACAUACAUUAGCAGACACAUUCGGGGUUCUGUGUUCGGGGGUGAUGUGAUACAGGGGCGAGUUGUGGCUUCUGAGACUAAACACAGAUAACAGGACACGAUAUAACCCAGGAGCUUGCAGAAUGAGUCUCAGUGUUAGUGGAUAUCAUCCGGGCUACGGACACCCUGGGCCCAUGGGCGUUACGUCCGCGCACGAUUUUUACGGGUCCCCGUACCCGGGGCAGACAAUGCGUUACCCGGAAUACAAUAUGAGUGAUCGGAACUACUUUCAUAACUGGGUGCUAAGUGGAACACCGGAUAUGGCCAUGUCGCCGGAAGCGUACGGUCACCCGGCCGGAGACAUCAUGUCAACUAUGCCAUAUGACCCCUACACGAAUCCCUUUGGGGAGCGGUGUGUGAAGCGUAAAGUGAACGCAAGUAAGAAGGAACGAAGGCGGACACAGAGUUUAAACAAUGCUUUUACCAACCUCAGAGAUUGCAUUCCGAACGUGCCCUCGGACACGAAACUGUCUAAAAUCAAAACGUUACGUCUCGCCAUAUCCUAUAUCUCAUACCUGAUGGACAUUCUGAAGAAGGAUGACCCCAAACUGACGGAAAAGGGGUUCAAAGCGGAGAUCUCGAGGAAAAGGGAGCGGCACCAUAUCGAUAUGGAUAAAAUACGAAAAGCGGAUAAACCGAAAGAAGAAGACGAGAACAAGUCACCAUCCCCUUCCAAAAAGGACAAGCGCUCGGGGUGGCCGGAACAUGUUUGGGCAUCGGAGCUGAAGCCAUCCGAAUAGCGAGCACCUGCUGUGACGUCAUUGUGACUUAAUCAGUUAAUUAUUGCAAAAUAAUGCAAAACGGUUUCGAGAAACGUUUAGUGGUAAGAGGAUGAAAGUUAAAUGGAUUGCAAUGUUUUUGUUGCAAUAAGACUGCCUAUAAUGGCGACGAUAAACUGUCCGGCGAGAGGAGGUGGACCACGGUGACGUUUUGUGAAAUAGCUGAGGAAGGAGAAGAAUUAACUCACAAAUCAUGUUUUUCCGUUACAAUAAUACUGUUCCCUGUAGUCACUACUUUUCAGUUCUUUAUUCACAGUUUUAAAUAAUAUUUUGAUGGCAUCUGAUCAAAAUGAUAGUACGCAGAAAAGUGCUGAAAGACCCUCAGAGCCCACGUAGAAAGGGACCAAUCUACUAGUCUCAUGUGUGUGGAAAUAUGUGUUCAAAUAAGGCAGGAUGGUAUUGGUGUUUCUUAUUGUGUACAUUCAAAUUGUACACAUUUACAAUAGGCAUAUCGACAUUAUUCAAAUGUACUCCGUAAGUGUUUAUAAUCAUAGUGUUUUUCUUAAACAGUAGUUGUCUUUAUUGUUAUUGUUGAAGUGUUUAUAAAUCACGUUUUGUCUAUACCACGUUGAUUGUUUAGUAUUCUUGUUUCAAUAAAUUUAU